UAAGGCGUACCCUGCCCAUUCCCUGCCCAGAUCUCACAGUCGUCCCUGUGUUUCUCUCUCCCUUAGUUUUCAAUCUCACCCUUUCAUCCACAUCUUCCCCCCCUCUGUAUCAGUCACUCCCAUCCCCUCCAACAGUCGAUCCCUUCCUGUAAUCCUCUCCCUGUCUCUUUCCCUCCUCCCCCAGCAUCAGAUCUCUCUCCUGCUGACGUCUGCCUGCCUGCUGACUCCCCUCGGCGCUCCCUCCCUCCCUCCCUCCCUCCCUCUGCCCCCUCUUCUCUCUCUCGUUCUCUCUCUCUCCGCCUCUCUCGGUGCUGCCGCCUCGCUUCAUUCGCCUCCUCGGCUGCCGGAGCCGGUGCCGGGCUCUCCGCCCGCCCUCCCUCCCUCCCUCCAUCCUCCCGCCGGCCGCCGCCGCCUCCGCUCGCUCGCUCAGUGGCCCCAGAUUUUUGACUGGAGGAAGAUCAACCUUUCCUCAAACCAUUGCCAAACUUUGAUCUGCAACUGGUCACUAGCAGGCAAUAUCAGCGGAGGAGGUGGAAAGGAAGCGAAGUAGAGCAAGAGGUUUCCAGACCGUUUCACUGAUAGGAAGAGAGCUGUGGUGGUCAGUGCCAGGAUAAAACACUGGACAGCACUUUCCCUGAAAACAAAAGAGAGAGAAAAUUGACUUGCUGAAUAAACAGUAACAAUGUCAACGAACAACAUAGCUCAGGCAAGGAAAAUGGUGGAACAGUUGCGGAUUGAAGCUGGUAUUGAAAGAAUCAAGGUUUCAAAGGCAGCUGUAGAUUUGAUGAACUACUGUGAACAGCAUGCAAGGAAUGACCCGUUGCUCGUCGGAGUUCCAACCUCUGAAAACCCCUUCAAGGAUAAAAAACCGUGCACCAUCCUAUAGCUGCUGCAAGCCAACCUUUCGCAAACUGACCACAGCAUCAGAAGACCUGCCAAGAAUUUCUAUUGGUAAUCAGACCUUGAGAAGCAGUGCAGCUUCUGAAAUGCAGGCCUGCUGUGGAAAUGUGUUUUAAAAAAAGGAAAAAAAAAUUGGAUUGUUUGUUUGUUAGCUAAGCAUGUUUCUCAAAAUGAAGGAAAGAAGAUGUGAUGGGGAAGAGCAAUGAAAGAAUUGCUAUUUUGGACUUUUAUGAUAGAUUUUCUGAUUGUAAUAUUAAGAUCUUAGGUUUAAAAAAACUAACUCAGCAAGGACAAUACCUUUGCCUAAAAAUUCUUUAAAAAGUGAAAAGUGUAUGUGCAAGAAAUAUACAUUUGGAGGGUGAUAAUACAGUUUGGGCAAUAACAUAUUAGAUGAAGGGAAGCAAUUGAAUGCUUCCAUUGCAUUUUUAAAUGUCACAUUGUUCACCUUUAUUGUCAUUAGCAACUGUGCUGGUAUAAAAGUGUAGUUUUCUUUCCCCUGCCUUUUAAAUUCCAUAUUUACACUACCAAAGUACUGGCCAAUGGAAAACAAUGUAAAUAACACAUGUUUUAUUCAUUCAUUCAUCAUCUGUUUUCCUUAAACAGACCUGGUGGUUGUGAAGUAACCAAAAAAAAAAAGUAUUGUACUGAUGAUUCACAUUUAUCUGUGGUAAGCAGUAUUACGUAUAAUUGCAAAUUUUACGUUCUACAAAUUCAAAUAUUUAAUUCCCUUAAAAAUGACACCACAAGUCCCCUAAAAAAAUCACUUAAAUAUUCAUGGCAUGAAUGUGGAUAAUGGUAACUUGUGCUUUCUAUAAGUCGGAACAAUUUUUCUCACUUCAUCCGAAAGGAACAGAUUAUCCAGCAAGACCAAGCAUAACACUUAAGAGUGUAUGCAUACUAUGUUAAGUUUCUAUACUAAACUGUAUUAGGGCUCAACAUAAAAUGUGUAACUAAUUAUGUUAUUAAUUUAUAGCUCACAAAAUCAUGCUUAUUGAAUUUAUAUUUGGAGGUAAAAUUCUGCUCCAUUAUUUACAAUACAUUACUCCUACCAACAGUGUUCACCUGCCAUGUAAAGAAUCUGUGCAAUGGCAUAUCAGCAGCAACAGAUUGAGAAAACUUCUGGAAAUAUCAAUUAAAAACUAAAACAACGAUUAGGUAUCAAAUGUUUGACCAUGUGACAAAUGAACUACAGCCUUUCACGAGUCCUUGUUCAUUCGAGCAAACCUCCUAAGGAAUGUAAAUUGUAGUUGUGUGCCAAAAACCAUGAAAAUGCCAAGUGAUUUAUGUCAUAGAAAAGUGCUAGAAUUCUUUAGAAACCACAAGCUAUUAUAUAUAUAUAUAUAAAACACAUUAUUUUGAAAGACGUGUUAAAAACCCUUGUCAAAUAAUUUUUCAAUUUAACAUAUGUAAGCAGAUUGCAUGCGCAUUGUUCUAUCAGCUGUCUUGCAUUGUUGCCUUUUAUUCUCAGCUGUUAAGUGUUAGUUAAGCUUUGCCAUAAUUAUUAUUAACUUUUUUUACGAACCAUAUUGACUCAGCCAAAUCAUCUCAAAAAUUCACCGCAAGUUAUUCUGUGACAAAAUGCUUAUAUACAUUUUUGUACCCAGUAAUUCAUUUCUCGCAUUAAAAUCAAAUCAUUUAAAAUCAAA